CUUCUAUCCAAUUCAGUGAAGUAUCCUUGGCCCCAAAAAUUAGAAAAAAUCUGUAACUGCACUCCAGAACUAGCAUGUAAGAACUAAAUCAGUAUUAGGGAUAAAGGGAGCAAAAUAAAGGAGAAAAGAGGAAAUCUGUAGAUAUUUCCAUCACUCUUAUAACAUGUUCUCACUUGGAAAAUGCUACUUCAAGAAGCAUGACCACUUAUCCAGUCCGAGAGGCUCCAUUAGGCCAGUGGUGCCUCCUGUAAUAUUUUCUUCUAGUAGUGCCUUGCCCAAAAUAGAGGAAAGUAUUUUCCUAAUGGAAGUGGAGAUGAUAUCAACAACAGUGACCACAGAGAUCAAGGGGGGUAGACUGUGACAUUGGUCUUAUCUUCUGCAGUUAUAACAUGAGGACAGAAAAAGUGAGUAAUCUAUUUUGCUAAUCAACAGAUUGGGAAGCAGGGAAGAAAAAAGUAACGGAAAAAAGAAUCCUGCGUGGAUUUAAGACUAAUGUUAAUUGUAAUGUAAAAUAGAAACAACUCAAGAUUAUAGCUAUUGUGUUGAAAGAAGGCUAUGUUGUUUAUACACAUGUUCCAAAGGGAAAUUCCUUAAGAGUGCUGCUAUAAAACACCAAGAGGCUGAGACUGAACUGUCACACCCUAUAAGCACCUGAAUAAAUAAAGUAGAAAAUGAAGAAAUGGCUUUACUUUUUUCCCCCCCAAAAUGGUUGACCACUUAAAAUAAAUAUAUUUCCUUUGAGAUAGCCAAAGUACUUGCCAACAAUAGAACAUAGGCAACUACAAUAAACAUAAUAGAUUUGGGAGGUUGGCAUCUCAAGGAUCACUUUCUUCAGUAUGUUCUUCCUAGAUUCUUUGACCAAAUUGGCAGCCUCUUCCAGGUCCCUCAGAUAUGAGGAGGGAGAUAAGGAUCAAGAAGCAAGGCCUUUGUGGUGGCAGCCUCCCCUUUCCAUUCAAGAUCCAGGGGAUCCCUGCACUGUCUUUGCUUUGAGUUGAGAAAUGUUUCUUCCUCUGAGGUAUAUCCCCAGAGCAGCCGAAUAUCUCUGGUUUAAUGUCUGGUUUUUCUUUAGUCCUGCCCUUCCUACCCCACCCCAAAAGAAUCAUAGAUCUCAUAUCACUUGGUAUUUCAUGGUUGCCAGUAAUCUUGGUUUCCUCUUGAAGAAAAGCCUGGAUAUUAUUUUUCUGAAGAAGACGAAGUAAAUAAACAAGAGAAGGCUUAGCAUUGCGGGAUCGUAGCCUAGGAGCAGGGGACAAAACGUCCCUUCGAUUACAACCGACAGCCUCAGCAGAAACCGAGAAGCCUAAAUAAUAAUUAAAAAAGGAGUCGAAUAGGCUGUAAAUUCUUUUUAUGUCUCCGCCGGGACAUAAAAAAAGAGGCAGGGAUACCAGGCCGCGCAGUUCUGGAGUUGCUUCUGCUCCCGUUUUCCAGCUCCCUGAGGUAACGGCGCUACCCUUCCGCAGAGCCUCCCGGCUCAGCGGGGCUUGACCUCCGGCUGUCUCUCCUCCCCUUCACGCAGAUAGACGAGGGCUCGGCGCCUCUCUUCGGAUGAGACGGGGAAGGAAUUGCGCCGCCGGCUUUGCAGGCGUCGUCAGCCGGGCCGCAUAUCGACUCGCCGUCGCCUCACCUCGGGAGCCGGACCCACCUGGCGCGGCAGAGUUCUGCCCUGAUUAUACCCAUUGCUACAUUCUUUCCUAUUCUUGAAAAUGAAAAGAAUGAUUUUAUAUUUCCUUUUGCUGGUUGGACUAUUUCCUGUUACAGCCAGGGAGCGACAGCUUCCAAAAGUACCUUUAAGUCAAAGAAAUGAUGCUACUUUUCUUGAAAAUGCUUGCAGUAAUAAACGUCUUGACCUUGUGUUCAUCAUUGAUAGCUCUCGCAGUGUUCGCCCUUAUGACUUUGAAAAAGUGAAAGAAUUUAUCUUAACUAUCCUGCAGUUUUUGGACAUUAGUCCUGAUAACACUAGAGUGGGAUUAAUCCAAUAUGCCAGCACAGUCAAAAAUGAAUUUUCACUGAAGACUUUUAAGAAGAAACAGGAUGUAGAGAGAGCUGUGAAAAGGAUGAUGUAUCUUGCCACUGGAACCAUGACAGGAUUAGCUAUUCAAUAUGCAAUGAAUAUUGCAUUUUCAGAAUCUGAAGGGGCUCGGCCACUCAGGGAGAAUGUACCUAGAGUUAUCAUGAUAGUGACAGAUGGGAGACCACAGGAUCCAGUUGCAGAAAUUGCAGCAAAAACCCGAAAUUCAGGAAUCCUAAUAUUUGCUAUUGGAGUGGGAAGGGUAGAUAUGAAUACACUAAAGUCAAUUGGGAGUGAACCUUAUGAGGAACAUGUUUUUCUGGUUGCAAACUUCAGCCAAAUUGAAUCACUGACUUCUGUGUUCCAAACUAAAAUCUGUGUCCAGCAUAUCUGUAGUAUAACUCAACAUGGUUGUGACCAUUUCUGCAUCAAUAUCCCUGGCUCUUAUUUAUGUAAAUGUAAACAUGGAUAUAUUCUGGACUCAGAUCGGAGAAGCUGCAGCGUCCAGGAUCUAUGUGAGACUGAAAAGCAUGAAUGUGAGCACAUAUGUGUAAAUACACCCGGAUCCUAUGUCUGCCAAUGCUAUGAUGGCUAUGAACUUGAAGAAGAUGGGAAGAAUUGUUUCAUUGAGGACUAUUGUGCUGUGAAUAACCAAGGCUGUCAACAUGAGUGUAUCAAUACUGAAGAUUCUUAUUAUUGUCAGUGCCAUAAUGGGUUUGUUCUAAAUCCAGAUAAAAAAACUUGCAAACGACCAGACCAUUGUGCUUUGAAAAAUCAUGGCUGUCAGCAGGAAUGUGUCAAUACAGAUGAAUCCUAUUUUUGCCAAUGCAAGCAAGGAUUUACUCUUAAUCCGGAUAAGAGAACUUGCAAAAGAAUAAAUAUGUGCAGUUUAGGUAAACAUGGCUGCCAGCAUGAAUGUGUUAGCACUGAAGAAUCAUAUAUGUGCAAAUGUCAAACUGGAUACAUUCUAAACCGUGAUGGCAAAACAUGCAGAAGAAUAGAUCACUGUGCUGAGUUCAAUCAUGGGUGUGAACAACUCUGUCUAAAUACCAGAGAAUCCUACAUUUGCCAGUGCUCUGAAGGAUUCAUCAUUAAUGAGGAUCUGAAAACUUGUUCACGAGCAGAUUAUUGUUUGCUGAAUGACCAUGGCUGCGAACAUUUAUGUGUGAACACAGGAACAUCUUAUAUUUGCCAGUGCAUUGAAGGAUAUGUACUUCAGAGUGAUGGGAAAGCCUGCAAACGUACAGAUAUUUGUAAAUGGGUGGACCAUAGAUGUGAGCAACGUUGUGACAGUGAUGGUGAAUCAUAUGUUUGCAAGUGUCAUGAAGGAUUCAUACUAAACAAGGAUAGAAGAACCUGCAGAAAUAAAGAUGUCUGCAAGUCCAUUGACCAUGGGUGUGAACAUAUCUGUGUUAAUACUAAUGAUUCAUAUGUCUGCAAAUGCCAUGAAGGAUUUAUAUUAUGGAAUGAUGGGAAAACAUGCAAAAGAUGUAAUGAAGGACCAAUUGAUCUGGUAUUUGUGAUAGAUGGAUCAAAAAGUCUAGGAGAAAAUAAUUUUGAAAUUGUCAAGGAAUUUGUCUUAGGAAUUUUGGACUCUCUUACAAUAUCUCCCAAAGCUGCUCGUGUUGGUUUGUUGCAGUAUUCCAGCCACGUUCACACAGAAUUCACACUGAAACAAUUCAACACAGCCAAAGAUAUGAAGAAAGCAGUGACACAAAUUAAAUACAUGGGGAAAGGCUCCAUGACUGGACUUGCACUGAAACAGAUGACUGAGAGAAGCUUCACUGAAGCAGAAGGAGCCAGGCACGUCUCAGCAAAUGUUCCCAGGGUGUCAGUUGUGUUUACAGAUGGACGCGCCCAAGAUGAUGCUUCUGAAUGGGCAGCUAAAGCAAAGCAAAGUGGAAUCAUUAUAUAUGCUGUUGGAAUAGGGAAAUUGAUUGAGGAAGAAUUACGAGCAAUUGCUUCUGAACCUGUUGAAAAACAUAUUUUUCAUGCUCAGGAAUUCAAAGCCAUGGAAGAGAUCACUGAAAAACUGCAGAAAAGAAUCUGUGAAGAUCUAAAGCAUUACCAGGAAACAACAAAUCGGCUUCAUUCAAUGAAUUUACUUUCUGAAGAACCUGAAGCAUCUACCUUAGCAAUUACAGAUGUUCUUUCCUGUUCCAAUUUUGCUGUGCAUCAUAAAUAUCUUUUUAAAGAAAAGCAAUUAUGGACAAAAGCUUCAGCAAAUCCUUCAGAUGACAAGAAAGACCAAUGCAAAUGUGAGAAUCUUACAAAUUUCCAGAAUUUUGCAACCACUGAAUUUAGGAAACUAAUUCAGCAGUUGGAAGAAAUGUCAAAAAGAAUAGAAGCACUGGAAAAUCGAUUAAGAUACUAAUAAAAUGGCCUUAGCAGCAAUAUACAUUUGUUGGAUAUUUACACACAAAAAUAUAUCAAAGCUAUGUAAGCAGGUGUUUUGCACAAAAAGAAUUUAUAAUUUCAGUAAUUUAGAGUAUCAUGUAAUAUUGUAUUUUUGCAUUGACUAAGAUAAAAUUACAAAAUGUUUAGAAAACUAUUUUUUUCAAUUAAGCAGCUCUAUAUUGUAAAAUAUUGGUAUAAAAGGCAAUUUUUACUAUUUAGAAAUCUGGAAAGUUCACUAUUCAUUGUAAUAAUAUACUGACUGGAUGCAGUCAAAUGUUAAGUUAGAAUGGUGUUCCUAUGCUUCUCAUGUAGCAGUAAUGCUAAUAUCUAAAGUAAUAGCAAAUAAUCUCUCUGUGCUUUAGACUCUUCCUACAGUCAGCACUUUUUCCAAUAAGUGAUUGAUGAUAGGGAAAUUGGGAAGAAGCAAGCAGCGUAUUUGAGGCACAUUCCCUGCAUUCAUGUUAAUGACUAAGUAUAUGUGGGAUAGGGUUAUGGGAUAUAAUGUAUAAAAUGUUAUUUUAUUGCUAGAAUCACAUACCAAAAUUUUGAAUACCUUAGUUUUAAAAAAUUAUUCUCAAACAGAUGUAUCAUACAAGUAUUCUAACAGUGUUGGCCAACAGAUCUUGGAGGAAUUGAUAGCCAUGAGGGAAAAUUAAUUCAUUCUAGAAUGAAUCAUAGUACUAUUUCAGAAUAAAUCAAGUGCCUUAGCUCUGAAUUAUGCCAAAAAUAAAUUAUGUCCAAUAAUCUUUUCCCACCAUUUAUUGUUUUUCUUUCAGGUGUUCAUAAGCUAUUCUGUCUGGCUUUCUUGCUCUAAAUAAAAAGAUGAAUUUGUUUAACUAUAUCCUUAUUUACUAUUAAUAUGCAGAGGUUCCCCCAAAUAAGGAAAAGGAAAGUUACCCUUACUGAUAUAAUAUAGAAAUAGAAUGAGAUUCAAAUGACUAAAGGCUGAUGCAAAGGAUGAAUUAUUUUUGACGUUUAACAGUUGCUUAGAUGAUGAAGUGUUUGCUUGCUGAAUUUUACUUUUUCUAUAAUAUUUAAACAAGGCUUUUCUUCUUGCCCUCAUUUUAGCCUCAAUUGUUUACUCUUUUCUCUCUUCCUAGCACACUUAUUUCCUUUUAUCUAUGGCCACCCUAGCAUUUUUUUCUAUUCUGCAGCAGUAGCAGCUCCUACCGUUGGAAAUCUCUCAGCACAUUUGAAUUUUCCCCCAUAUGGAGUAUUAAACACUGUAUAGUCCUAAUUAGAAGAUGGUUGGUUGGUUCCCUCCUUCCUGCAUUUAUACAACUAAGUGACUCUAGAUGGUUUCUAAUCAUAAAAUUAACCAGGUUUAAAGACCUCUGCUAGUUUUCAAAUGCUGUGUACAAUCUGAAUAUGCUUACAUAUGUACAUGCACAUUUAUGAAGUAGGUGCUCUAAGACUGAUGAGAAAUCUGGAUAUUGUGGAGUUUGUAUUUGUAUUUUUUAAAAUGUCAUCUCUCCCUUUCAGAUAAAUACAAAAUUCAAUUAAGUCAAACAUGGCUGUAU